AUGCCUUACGCUAGCCAACCUCGGGUUACUAUUCCCGAUUUAACCAAUGAAAAUGUCAAAUUUAUCCUUGAAAAUACCGAUUUAAGCGUGGCCAAUAGCUUACGACGUAUCUUCAUUGCCAAUGUCCCCACUUUAGCAAUCGAUUGGGUACAAUUCGUUAAUAAUACAUCCGUUUUGAGCGAUGAAUUUAUAGCUCAUAGACUUGGGCUGAUUCCAUUAACUUGUGAUGAAGUAAUUGAUCGUUUACAAUAUUCACGAGAUUGUAAUUGCGUUGAACAUUGUCCCGAGUGUUCGGUUGAAUUUACCUUGGAUGUAAGGUGUAACGAUGAUCAAACGCGACAUGUUACUACCAGAGAUCUCAUAUCUUCCGAUAGCCGUGUCGUCCCUGUAACGACACGCUACGGAGAAGACGAUACAGUUUACGGAGAUCAAGAAGAUGACAUCUUGAUCGCGAAAUUACGUAGAGGACAGGAAAUUAAAAUCAAAGCUUACGCCAAAAAGGGUUUAGGAACGGAACAUGCUAAAUGGAAUCCUACAGCGUCAGUAGCUUUCGAAUAUGAUCCUGACAAUGCAAUGAGACAUACAACGUAUCCCAAACCAGAGGAAUGGCCAAAAAGUGAAUACUCUAAUUUACCUGAAGAUAACUAUGAAGCAUCAUACGACCCCCAGACUGUUGCAGAUAAAUUCUAUCUUAACGUUGAGACGUCAGGAUCUCUACGACCGGAAAAUAUUGUCUUAUCUGGUAUUUCUACCUUAAAAAAUAAAUUAAGUGAACUCCAGCUCCAUUUUUCACACGAACAAUCACAAGGAGCUUUAAAUUUAUGA